AUGAUGUGUGAGGUAGAGGUGCCGGGAGCCAAAUGUACCAGUCGGGCAGAGGACGGAGACAGCCUAGCCGAGCUACUCAGUCUGCCUCCCACAGUUCAGCCGUUAACUCUGCACUGCUCUCCACACCACAAGUACAUUCACGACUAUAUUAAUAUCCUACUUUACUGACACGUUAAAAGAAAUUCUUCAAAAGGAGGCUGUUGAAUGUCUGCAGUAAAAUACAGAACACAGCAUGGCAUCUGUACUAUUCAAGAAAGCAUGGCUAUGGUGGCAUGGGAGAGCAGGUGGGUGGAGCGGACAUCAAAUUUGGUACUGUCUACUCAUAGCUUGGAUCUUUUUAACCACUCAUGUCAUCAUCUGCACGCGUGGCAGCCUUCACCACCCAGCCCUACAACAAGUUUGCUACGGCCACGACAACGAUCCCCAAACUAAUCAACCUCAUAACACCUGCUGCCAUCUCCACAACUACACCAAGGACGAUAUUAUUACCUGCGUUCAGAGAGCAACGUAUGAUUUCCCCGACGCCAAACGAUACAGGAGAGAUGCCAGUAUAAACAAUCCCAACAAUGACCGAUCACUCACCAAAGAAAAAGACUACUUCCCCAGCCCAAACAAUCACCUGUUGAAGUUUUACCACCUCCCAAUUGGACGUUCCUCCCCAGACCCUCAACCCAAUGGGAUAUCUGGCCUCCCAACUACUAGCGGAGUUUGGGGAUGGCUGUGGGUAGUUACAGGGGAUUCGAGAAUGAGGCAAGUCUUCAGUGCUUUGGUGACGCGACUCAAUUCUCCAAGACUCAAGUACAGAAAUCCAUCAACAGGGGGCAAGUGGCGAAGUGUACACGAAUUAGUAGAAAACUUGCGUAUCGGCAAAUUACACCAAGACAUUGAAGUGCAACACCUGGAUGUACCUCUAAGACUUGUGUUUCACUGGGACCCACUACUGCUAAAGUUACCAGCACUCUUGAAUCACUGGACAGACCAAGAAGAACAAAGACCAACUCUACUCCUAUUAGGAUCAAGUCUACACUGGAUGAAGACGACCCUAAACACAUUCCACACAUCUGGCCCUCAAGCUGCCUUGGAUAAGUUUAAAAAACACAUGAAUACUUUUUUGCCACAGCUAACCAAGUUUGCUGAAACAACUUCCACGAUCAUCCAACUUCAAGACCAUUUACAGGAAUCACGGAUCUUCAGAAAAUACCGAGGCAUCUAUUCCAACAGCAACAUUGACCUGUACAAUAAUUUCCUAUCAUCUUACUUAACUGGCUCAAGCAUCACCAUCUGGGACAGCAACAUUCCUUUCUCUGACACCUACAUCACUCAAUGUGUACAUGGUUAUAAAAAAUCAUUUGAUAAAUUAUGGGACUGUGGCAAUCCUCUACACACUGGCUUUAUCAUGAUUGAGAAAUAUGCAAAUAUGUUUCUCAAUGAUGUCUGCAACUCUUACUUUGACUUAAAUGCCACUUACUGUUAAUAUGAAUGUGAUUUUAAUGAAUCAGCUUUAUCAUUAAUGUUUUAAACCCAUUUUCCACACUUGACUACCUACAGUAUUUUCUAGAUUUAACUUACUAAUUCGAGCCGCCCCUUUCCGUUAAAUCAAAAUUUCCGCUAAAUCGAACAUGAUUCCGUUAAAUUCCGUGCCAAAUAUGCCACUUGACGCUUGGGGUUUGUUUACAUCCGCUCAGUCUGUGUCCUGCUGCCACCACGUGUGUUGUUUACUGCUACCUCUCGGUCAACUAACUACUGUGCUUGGACAUCAUGCCGAAAGUCUCUCAGAAAGGAAGUGGUGUGUGGGAGAAAGUCAAGAGAGUGCGGCUAUCAAUUGGAAAAAAAGUUUGGAAAUUAUAGACAAAAUUGAAAACAAACACCAAACCGCCUUGUUUAAGGUAUGCCAUGAAUAAUGAUUCUAAUGUUUCUAUGCCUGAGGUGUCUCUGUAGGUGUGAGCAUAUUACCGGAAUUACAGUAUUUUACAGCAUAUGACGCACUUUUUUUGUCUGAAAAAUGUCAAAAAAAAUCAGCCUGUGUCCUAUAUGUGAAGUUGCAGUCUCCUGCAAGUUAAUGAAUCCCCCAGUUGCUGUCUCCAGAAGGCUAACUUCUACCUAACCCAAUUCCAGAAUUAAAAAUGUUAUUGCUUACUUAAACACAUUACAGUACAAGCAUUACAAUCUAUUAUUGCCAUACCUGCAACACUUAUUUUUCAAUCUACAAAUACCUGAUACAAAUGAAGAUUUACAGACACCUUUCUUCACAGUUACACCUGUUAACAUCACUGGUAGCAUUAUAGCCAGGUUAGACUCGUCUCUGUAACCAGGUUACUGGACCAAACUGUUGUUUUUCAACUUGUAUUUUUGGGUCUUUCUUAAUUUAUUUUUCCUGAUAUACAUGCACACAUCAUCCUACAUACUUAAUGAAAAAAAUAAAAGAAAUAAUUGUCCUAAGGGGAAACACAUAAAGGGAAUAUACAUUUCCUUGUAAACGAGUUAGCUGGUUCAGUGAGGGAGCAGAAGGACAACUGGGCAGUGGGGGUUGUCAUUGGGGGGUAAGAGUGUUUGCUUGGGAAUCGGCGGAGGUAGCGUCACCGCUACUAUGGUAAACAGGGAGUAUAGAUGUACAGUAUAUGCAAAUGGCGACUGUGUUAAACUUUCAUUUGGCUUUUAUUUACUGGUUUGGCAAUAGAGUAAUUUUUUUUGUAACUUAUUUAUUGGUA